GCUAAGAGUAGUUCAAUCAUGCUAAGGAAAUAUAGCGCAAUGGAUUCUACUACUAGCAUUUAUGAUAAAGAACAAGUGUUACUAGUUUCUACCAAGAAGGCAACUCUAACAACAACCAUGAAUACCAAUUCAAGAGACUCUUCCUUAAAUUAUAAGAAGAAUGAUCAGGAGGAUAAGCUGAAUUCAACAAAAGCUCAGAUUGACGAAGCAAAACAAGAAAACGAAAGGCUAAAGUCCAUGCUAUCAAAAACCAUAAAGGAUUACCAAUCCUUACAAAUGCAUUUUCAAGGCAUAUCUCAAAAUUCAAAGGAUAUUAUUGCAACAAGUAUUGAACAAGAACAAGUGGAACUUGUUUCACUGAGCCUAGGGAGAAGUUCAAGAGAGUUCAAGCAAGAUGAAAAGGAAUAUGAUCAAAAUGAGUGUAAAGAUAUUAAAAAGCAAAGUAAAUUAUUUGAUGGGCUUGAGCUGGGAUUGAACUACAGAUGUAGUCCAGAUUUUACUGAAGUCACAAAACAUUAUGAUGAUAGCCCAGAAAAUAGCUUUGAGGAAUCAAAGAAGGAGCAUAUAAUAAGUGAACCAUGUAUACAAAAUUACCCUAGUUCAAAAAUGUCACGAAUUUGUGGAGAUGAGGAUGAAGAUUUUCUGCAGCAGAACCCUCAAAAGAAGGCUAGGGUAUCUAUAAGAGCUGUGUGUGACACUACUACGAUGCAUGAUGGAUGUCAAUGGAGAAAAUAUGGACAAAAAAUAGCAAAAGGGAAUCCAUGUCCUAGGGCAUACUACCGUUGCACUGUCUCCCCAUCCUGUCCUGUAAGAAAACAGGUUCAAAGGUGUUUUGAAGACAUGUCCAUAUUGAUCACUACCUAUGAAGGAACACACAAUCACCCCCUUUCAUUUUCAGCUACUGCCAUGGCUUCUACCACCUCUGCUGCUGCCUCUAUGCUAAGUUGCACCUCCUCCUCAACAUCACAACAAGGGAUAAUAAAUGCUAAUACUAAUAAUAAUGUUCAUGUUUUCAACUUCACCACUUCAAAUACUAACUUAUUAGCCACACAUGCACCAAAUACUUUUUACGUACCAAGAACUUCCAUUUCCACAUCCCAAACACACCCCACAAUCACUCUUGAUUUCACUACUGUCCCAACAACAACAUCAUCAUCUACUAAUACAUUCUCUUCUCAAAGAUAUUCUUCCACUUCUCUCAACUUCUCUACACUACCAUCAACUCUUCCUUCUUCUUCCUUCAUUAAUUCGUACACUCCAUUGUGCAAUAACUUCAAAAGCCAAACUGGAGCUGCUUCAUAUCUUGGGAGGCCAUGUUUUUCUCAGCCCUUCACUUCCAACAACACUCAGAAUAUGACUGUCGAGGAAAGUGGUGGAGCUAGAAAUUCUAUUAAUUGGAUUCAAAAAAAUACAAAAGUGUCGCACCUAGGAUUUGACCCCGUAACCUAAAGUAAAAUUUUGAACCAUUUUUGUCACUAUGCUAGAAUCUUUGUUUAUGUUAAGGAAAAACAAAAAUUUGUAAAUACAAAAAUAUUUGCUUCUACUUUAACUUUCCGACGAAAAAGAUUUAUACAUAUGGCCAUUCUAAGGA